CUCAACCCUUCCCAGAGAUCCUCCAACAUCCUAUGAUAAGGACUUUUCCCAGCUUGGAAGAACUAUUUUCCACUGGCCUGGGUAGAAACUAACCAGCUGGAAAUAUUAACUGGGAACAGCCCUCUUUUGAUUUCUCUUCUCUGCUCUCCUGUAAGGCUUAUGGGCAGCUCAUCUGGAGGCUUCCCAUGGUUUUAGUCCUGCACGUGGGAACUAGGGCAAAGCAAGAGGUGGUGUGUAUCUAGGAAGAGAGUAGGACAAGAUGGAGAAUUAGGCCUUUUGAGACUGACUACAGCUUUUUUUUCUUGAGAGUAGACCAUAUAAUGCAAGUCUUUCAAACUGAGGCUUGUGGUUAAUCUGUCACGGAAGUGUUGCUAAUGAUUGAUAAUGACUGAGAGGAAACAUUCAUAGAAUUAUUCAGCAUUAUUAGUAUGAUAACCAAUGCAGGGGGACAUAAUAACCCCCACAAAGAAACAUGUGCUAGAGAUUUCCAGUGUGGUCAACAAACCUGUUUUCUUUAUCUCCUUUUUUUGUUUUAUGUCCUAUUUCAAAAGAAGUCAGUCCUCCUUCACUCCUUGCUUUUGAAAACAGGACAUUGCAACAAACAAACAGAGUUUCUGCCAAAAGAGGAUUUUGGAGGUGUAGGGAUUCAGCAAGACUCAGCACUUGUGGCCAUCACUGUCCUUUCAAGUGUUACAAAAAAUGACAAAAAGCCAAUUGGCUGUUUUCACCCUGACACAAUGGUCACAACCGCAGAGAAGUAAUGAUAUAAUCAAAACCACACAGCAAUCAAUGUAUUUGACAAAUCACCCAUCAGCAUCAUUAUUUAUAUAUAUAUUUAUAGCUUAAAAUUUAAAAAAUUGCAAGAAAAUCUUUUAUAUUAUUAAAUAAUUUACUUUUAUAAUGUAAUUGGAUACAUAUCUUGUACUGUUUCAGCUCCAGGCAGAACACAGUUUGAGUUACCAAAUCAAUACAAGGCAUUCUUGGGACAAUUUAAGCAUGUCUGUACAAGGAGGUUGAACUCAUUUCACUGCAGUUUUGUCUAAUCUGAAUAAGUAAAAUCAGCACAGACUUCACAGGGGUCCAAACCACUCUGUUGUGGGGAAUAAACCCAUUGGUAGGAAACGCUGGAAAUCUCUGCUUGUUUUGGCUCUUAUCUUAUCUAUUCAGACAAAAAUGAUGUGCUUUUACCAGAAAUGUUUUGUGUAUGUUUUUAAUUUUAAUUUUUAUUUUUUUUUUUACAUUUCACCUUUAUAGUUUAACAGCACCCGUUCGCCCUCCCCAAUUGAGUGUUGCCACAUGACCCCCUGGAGUAGAAAGGUACUGGAAAAACAAGCAAUCCUCAAUUAACAGCCCUGUCUCACUCUUCUCCCUUCUAGAUCCUAACCCUUCCUCUUGCUUGCUUUUCACUUGCUAACUUUACUGCGCUAAAAGGAGCCAUUUCUAUUUUUCUCAUGUCAGUAAGACACAAUAAUAACAUUUUUCUUCCCCUCUUUCAUUCUUCACUUUGGAUGGGUUUCAGAAGCUCAUGGCCAUAAGGCCGCCUUCUCCUAUCAUUCCUUUAAAAGGCCUGAACUGGGAUUGACUCAAUAGCAUUAGUGAUUGCAUUUAAUUCUCUCGCAAUGUUUUGCAACUGCCCCCGCUCUGUUUCCUAAAUGGUAAGAAAUUGUCUGGACAAUGCCAGACCGACAGCAGGUAUUUAUUCUCUGGCCAUUUGGUGAUGCCACUGUUUGGAGAGGAGGAGCUCUGGCAGCCGGGGUCACUUCGCCCGCUUUGUCCAGCACCUUAUUGUCAUCCGAGGGAGGAAUCGGCAACAAAUGCAGUCUGUGUGUGUGUGUGUGUGUGUGUGUCUGCGUCCGUGUGUGUGUGUCCACGUGUCUGUGCGUGUGUGCAAGGGUGGGUUUUUUUGCAUGCAUGCAUCAAACUUUGGGCGGGGGGGGUGGGGGGGAGUUACCUAGGAAACAAAGUCUUUUGUGCUUGAAGUUUAUAUGAGCUAUUCACGUCUGCCGGGAAUCGGCACAAAAGCUGCAGGCAGAAAGAAGGCUGCAAUGUUUGACUGAAAUCCUACGUGGGAAAAAGGGGGUUUUCUGCGGGCGGGAGAAGAGGAAGUGUGCGUUGUCUUGGGUCUGGGGGUGCUGCGGGAGGUGACACUGACGAGUCCCAUCCACCAGAGGACGAAGAUACAGAUGUCAUGUUAGGGCAGAGGCCGAAAAAUCCAAUACAUAAUAUCCCUUCUACACUGGAUAAACAAACCAAUUGGAGUAAAGCACUACCUCUCCCAACUCCAGAGGAGAAAAUGAAACAAGAUGCCCAAGUGAUUUCUUCUUGCAUUAUCCCCAUCAAUGUCACUGGAGUUGGUUUUGACAGAGAGGCUAGUAUACGCUGCUCUCUUGUUCAUUCACAAUCUGUACUACAGCGGAGACGAAAGUUGAGGAGGAGGAAAACCAUCUCUGGCAUCCCCAGAAGAGUGCAACAAGAAAUAGAUUCAGACGAGUCACCAGUGGCGAGAGAGCGCAAUGUGAUUGUGCACACAAACCCAGACUUCUCUGGCUCCAGCAACAGGAGGUCGGGGACCCGGGACUCGGAGUGCCAGACGGAAGAAAUCCUAAUAGCUGCUCCCUCACGGCGACGGAUCCGUGCCCAGAGGGGGCAGAGCGUUGUUGCCUCCCUCUCCCACUCUGCUGGCAACAUCUUGGUGCUGGCAGACAAUGGGGAUGCCGUCUUCGCUGCCGCUGUAAGCAACCGCAUCCGCUCACGGAGCCUUCCUCGCGAGGGAGCCCGGGCCAGUGAGGGCCAUCAGGAUGCCACUACCAAGAGUGGAGGCUAUGAAGCAGAGCACUUCCUAGCUGGUCAGGACAGGAUCCCAAAAAAAGGAAAGGAGGUCUUGAUCAAGCAGGGUUCACAGGAAUGCCAGCCCAUUGGUUUAACUUGUCCUCAGCACCUGCACAGCCCCGAACACAGCAUCGGCGAGAGGGGGAGAUCACGGCUGUCGAGGAUGGUCGAUUCAGGCAGCUGUGAGAUUUCGUCCAACUCAGACACUUUCGGGAGCCCAAUUCACUCCAUCUCCACAGCAGGAGUCCUGCUCAGCAGCCACAUGGACCAGAAAGAUGACCACCAGUCCUCCAGUGGCAACUGGAGUGGGAGCAGCUCAACAUGUCCCUCCCAGACAUCUGAAACCAUUCCUCCUGCUGCCUCUCCUCCGCUAACAGGCUCUUCGCACUGUGACUCUGAGCUGUCGCUCAACACUGCUCCCAAUGCCAACGAGGACUCCAGUGUCUUCACAGAGCAGUUUGGUGACCAUGCAGACAAGGUCAGGGGCCACAGGGCGAGCUCCUUCACCUCCACUGUGGCAGAUUUACUGGAUGACCCCAACAACAGCAACACGAGUGACAGUGAGUGGAACUACCUGCACCAUCACCACGACGCCUCCUGUCGCCAGGACUUCAGUCCUGAGCGUCCAAAGGCAGACAGCCUGGGAUGCCCCAGCUUCACCAGCAUGGCCACCUAUGACAGCUUCCUCGAAAAGACCCCCUCUGACAAGGCAGACACUAGCUCACACUUUUCUGUGGAUACUGAAGGAUACUAUACCUCCAUGCACUUUGACUGUGGUCUCAAGGGUAAUAAAAGCUAUAUUUGCAACUAUGCAGCCCCAGGCUCCGAGAGUGGCCAGACCGGGAGCGUGACUUCCAGCCUGGCUGACUGCACCUGGCAGGAGUGCAUGAGCCACAGGAGGCAGGGACGGCAGAGCUUCUCACUGAAGAAACCAAAGGCAAAGCCAGCCCCACCAAAACGCAGCUCGUCUUUGAGGAAAUCAGAGGGCAGCACCGACCUUCCUGACAAGAAAGAACCAAAGAUCAGUGGCGGACAGCAUGUCACUCACACUGCCAGGGAGAUGAAGCUGCCCCUUGAAUUUUCAAACACACCUUCCCGAGUGGAAGGCCCCAACCUGCCAGCCAAGCAGGAGCUUCCCUGGGCAAACCAGGGUGAUGGCGGGUUAAAAGACACUGCGUUUGACACCGCCGAUAUCCCCUCCUUUAAAGAUGAAGGUGCUGAACAACCUCACUAUGCAGACCUCUGGCUUCUGAACGACUUGAAAUCCAGCGAUCCUUACAGGUCCUUGUCCAAUUCAAGCACCGCUACGGGUACUACAGUCAUAGAGUGCAUCAAGUCACCAGAGAGCUCUGAAUCCCAGACAUCUCAGUCUGGGUCACGAGCUACUACCCCAUCCCUCCCCUCUGUUGAUAAUGAGUUUAAGCUGGCCUCUCCCGAGAAGCUGGCAGGGUUAGCCUCACCUUCCAGUGGGUACUCCAGCCAGUCGGAGACGCCCACCUCUUCUUUUCCAACAGCUUUCUUUUCGGGACCCUUGUCUCCAGGGGGGAGCAAGAGGAAGCCAAAAGUACCAGAGAGGAAGUCAUCACUGCAGCAGCCACUCUCAAAAGACAGCACUGCCUCGGUGAGCAAAGACCUUGAACUUCCAAUUAUACCUCCUACUCACCUUGACCUAAGUGCUCUUCACAAUGUCUUGAGUAAGCCCUUCGCUCACAGGCACCAGCUGCAUACCUUCAGCCACAGCAAGCAGAGCGCAGUCGGGGAAGCCCUGCAGCCCAGCCCUCCCUCCGCCCUCGCCAUCACACCCUCCGUUCUCAAGUCUGUCCACCUCCGGGCAGUCAACAAGCCUGAAGGAGUGAAACAUAAAGGCAGUACCCCAGACCUGCUGUGCAUACAGGAGACUGCCUUGACACCGACCGAUGUUUCUCCAGGCAAAAUGAGGCCGCUCUUAGCUAAGAAACCAGUAGCACGCCAGUACUCUACAGAUGAGGCCGUAAUGCUGUACAUUGACACUUCCCCGGCAGAAGCAGGCCCUGGAAAGCCGCCUUUAGAGAAAAGCUCCUCUUUUGGCGGGCAGAAUAGCUCUGAGCAAGAAGCUGUAACUUCAGCAAGCGUGAGUCUGGUUGAAACUGAACCUGAAAAGGACCAAACGCACCUGGUUGCUGAAUGCUUACCAGAAAGGUCUCUGAAUCAGACGUGUGCCAUCUCUGUGGAUGGGUUUCAGAAGGGCUCAGCUGUCCCCACAGGUGACGACGAAGCAAAGAAACCCAUCCAGGGACCAGAAAUAGUGUGCGACCUUCAGCAAGUGCAGGCUCAUCAAGAGUUCUCCACAGGCAGUGAGGGGAGGCUGGAAGCUGGGCCUGUGGGUGAAAAUCCAGCUCAUGCUGAGGGACCAACCAUCAGCUAUCAGUUUAAACACCAACCCGAUGUAAGCCACCAUGUGCCUGGGAAUAUCGGCUAUGAAGCAGAGAUGGCAGCAGUUAAUUCACUUGGUGAAGUGGGUUGCAAGCAGGAAAAUGGAUCAUCAGGUAUCCCAACCAAAAGUGCCUCUGAUGACAGCAGGGCAGACGAGACAGUGGGCAGCACAGAUGAGCCUUCACUGAAAGAGUCUUCUCCAAGCGAUGAGUCCGUCAUGUCUCCACUGAGCGAGGAGUCACAGGCUGAUGCUGAGGAUGUCUUUGUGUCUCCAAACAAACCCCGCACUACCGAGGAUCUGUUUGCAGUCAUUCACAGAUCAAAAAGGAAAGUUCUUGGGAGAAAGGAUUCUGGAGACCUUUCUGUAAGAAACAGAUUGAGAGCUUCAUCUGGGACCAGCAGCCAGCCUCUCACUAGCAGCACGCUGCCCACCAGCAACAUGCCAUCAGCCGGCAGCAUGGGCACUCCCAUUAGCAGUCAGAGGUCACCUGGGCUCAUUUACAGGAAUGCCAAAAAGUCCAACACAUCUAAUGAGGAGUUUAAACUACUGCUCCUUAAAAAGGGCAGUCGAUCUGAUUCCAGCUACAGGAUGUCUGCCACAGAAAUUCUGAAAAGUCCUAUUUUGCCCAAGUCUCCCGGAGAGCUGAUGGCAGAUGCCCUUCAAAGCAUGGAAGAGUCUCCUCCUGUGACAAGCCCCGACACGUUGUCCCCGCUCUCCCCCUGCUCCCCCAGGGUUAACACGGAAGGAUUCUCCUCCAAGAACUUUCCCAUGUCGGCGUCGUCCAGAGUGGGGCGGUCGCGGGCGCCUCCAGCAGCGAGCAGCAGCCGGUACAGCGUGCGCUGCAGGCUGUACAACACACCCAUGCAGGCCAUCUCAGAAGGAGAAACGGAGAACUCAGAUGGCAGCCCCCACGACGAUCGGUCUUCUCAGAGCUCAACAUAGGAUGUGUGGGUGCCAGGCUGCCAACACCACCUGGGUCUGUAAGGAUGUCAACAUAAGAGGCCAAUGCUGUAGCAAUUCAAAAAAAAGAAAAAAAGAAGAAAAAGAAGAAAAAGAAGAAAAAGAAGAAAAAGAAAAAAAAUUUCAGGGCAGUAUCGAUGCUCAGAUGUGUUUGCGUUCGAAAGACGCUGGGGAAAUGAGGACUACAGCUGUAGCUAUUUAUUACAUUACAUUUUCUAAAAGGAGGAAGAUAUGCUAUGUCUGUUCUGUUUUCUUUUUACUUCAUUUGGUUUAUCACACUCUCAUUUCCAUUGUCACUGUAGAUUUCAAGGCUAUACACUUUCCAUAGAGUUAAAGGUGACCUUGGGUAUUUUUUUUAUCCCAGAAGCUGCCCAUCAGAUACAAAUCCCUCACUGUAGUGCUUCCCUAGGGAGAAAAAAAAAAAGAAAAUGCUCUUGAGAAUUGGUAUUUUUCUACACUAAAAUGAGCUGAAACAAAAUUUAGAAGAAACUAACAAAACAUAUGUAAAUAUCAUAUUUUUGAUAAAAAUUUGUAAAUAGAAUUAUCAAAAAGUGGACGUGGCAAACAAUUUACUGCGUAACAACUUUGUUUAUAGAAGACAAAAGAAUUCAAAUGUAAUAACUGUAUUCUGUGAAUACCAUUUUCAUAUCAAACAUAAAAAAUCCACAUGGCCACCGAUAACCACUUUCAGUGUGACAGGCCUGAAGGAUGACAUUGAGCAGUGGAAAGGGGGAAUUCUCCACCUUAGCUAAGGAAACGGAAAGGCUGACUGUGAGGGGAUUAAAUUAACCAUUUGUCUUUCUAAGGCAGCUCCAAAGAAGCUAACUGGAAAGUGCAGCUGGGAAGGUUACCUUGAGGAUUGGUGGGGAAGAUGAGUGGGUUUCUGACAGAACAAAGCUGUGUCUGAUGCAAAGUCCCAAAGGGUCCCAUCCCACAGCCUCCCCUGGGCCUUUAUUCUUGCAGGGAUCGCUUCGGAGAGGAUAGAUGUGAGAGAAAACAGUACUGAACUUUCAUAUUCCUAUUAGGCUAUUGGGAUACAUAACACAGUCAUAACCUGGUAACUAUAAUCUUUAAACACGAUUAGUUUCUGAUUCAUAAAGGAAACAAAUAAAUUGUAAGCAUGCAAGAAGCGCUUUUGAUUUAUCAGUAAAUAUCCGCAAUGAGUUUUCAGUGAAGCUUUCUCUUUGUGCUGAUGAGAUUCAUGCUACCUAAAUAUUUACGAAAAUGACACUGUGAAAACGUAGCUGGGAAAUAGGUAUGUGUAUGCAUUAUUUAUAUUCAUUGCUGAGCUGGGAAGAGGGAAGCUCUGGUUCAUUGUGCCAGCCACAUACAGUAAGGAUGUUGUCUGGGUUUACCAGAAGCACAGAACAGGGUGGGGGACUGGGGUGGGGUGGGAAAGGAGAUAAAUCAAAAAGUAGCUGCUUUGAUACAAAUGAAGGCAGGGAGAUAAAAGCUGAAUUACUUGAAGUUACUUGAAUAUUCUCAUCUUAAAACCACAAGAACCCGUGAGUUGCUUUAUACUUUUAAUUUUAAAUAAAAUAAAACCAAUAAGCCUGAUCCUCCUUUGGGCCACUGCAAUUUCCAUUGAUGUAGCCCCGUCCAUGCUACUUGGAGGACAAGGCUCUCUUUAUCCAAAACUGAUGCAGUUGGUGUUGGUUGCCGUAGGAUAUGGUUUGGAAUAGAGGAAAGGCUAGUGCAGAGAAAAUAGUGCAAGGAGGAAUGAGGUGUUUAGUAGGACAGGUCAAAUAGGAUGGCAGAAAGAGCAUACUUUGGUACUAAAGAAAUCACCUAAAAGCUGGCUUUAAGCAUAAGUAAAUAAUAGGGAAGCAGGAUGUGUGAAUUCGGUUUUUACUGAGUUUUCUUUUAAUCAUGUAAUGCAUAAAGCUGAGAGUUUUUAAAAGCAGACAGAGCAUGUUUUAUAGAGGAAGGUUCUACCUAAAACUGUUACAAUUUUAAAUAGUCAAAGCAAAUCAGAACAGUUUAACAAAUCUCAAAUUAUUCCCCAGAAGGUUCAUAUUUGAUUUUGUCUAGUGCUUACCACAAGACGUAUUAUUCAGGGUUCCCCACUGUCCUCCUGUGUAGCCUGGUUGCAUUUGUGUGGUGAGAUAGAGUCACUAUGCAUGUGGUACGUGUGUUGGGAUGAGGGGUGGUCCAUCAGUUGAAGGGCUGCAAAAUCAUCUAAAAUAGUUUUUCAGAAGGUAAUGGGAGCAAGGUUUUGGAAACAAAAGGCUAAUCACAUUAGUAGCUUAGUUAAGGAGAUAAGUCUGAAUAUAAGUGAAGUGAAUGAAUGAGAAUGUUUUAAGAGGAAAUGUUCAGCAUAUAACAAACCGCUUUCUGGAGAAUAUGAGUGAAGGAAGUUUAGAUACUGGGCAGAAAAUCCUUAGUUUGUCAUCUUCAGUCAUUCUUCAUUAAAAUUUUACCAGGAGCACUUUUAUAAUAUGUUUAAUAGCCCUGAGUUAAACAGUCAUUCCAAACUGUAAAGAGAAUACAGCUAAAUUGACUUUGAUGAUAUCACUUUUUUUAUCAAUCAAUAAUUUAAUAGAGAUCAAAAAUAGAUAUAUAUACACCGUUUUUUUUACCAGAAUGGUGAGGCAAUAUUUCACAUACAAAAUGGACACAGAAAAAUCCCAUUAAAAUAUAGUCUUCUUUUGCCUUAUUUCCUAGUUUAUAUUUAGCAGACUGAAACCCAAAUAGAGAGAUUCUAAAUCCGCUAAGAAGAAAAGAGUCAUAACAAACGUGGGAGUCAGAGGAAUGGCAGGGUUCUCUGUAGCAUUGCAGGAAUGCCACUAAGGCACAGAGGACAAGCCAUAGAGCAAAGGGAACAUCACUCACCUCUUGAGACAGGGUAGAGUACGAGCAUGAGGUAACUGCUGAACCGUCAUUUCAACCUACUGUUCUGUUGCUUGCACUGAUGUUAUGAAAAUGAUUUCUUAAGUUAUACAGCUGUGUUCUGAAAAAAAAAAAACAUUUUCCCCUUUUCUCCUUUGUUCCUUUUUUUUUCAUUUUGUUAUUGUUGUUGUGGCAGCAUAGAGGGCAUGGGAUAGUUGUAGCAAAUAAAGCAUAUGUUUGCUUUUGCCAAAGGUCAGUGAUUGAGUGCAUUUGCUGCAAUGGUGGCAGAUAGAGAAAUACUGUAGGUUAUGACUUAAAGAAUUAAAAAAAAAUUAAGAAGGUUACAGUGUAACUAUUUUGGUACUAGCACCAGUUCAUGCUGGCAGAAAAGACAAUGGUUUAUGGACUUGCAUCCAUUUUGUAUUUUUGUAAUAUUUGUAAAUAUGAACUUUUUAAAUUGUUGCAAAUAUGGUUUCUUUUGUAAAAUGUUUUCAAAGUUUACAUUAAAUCCAAGCCUUUGUAUAUUUUAGAGCUGUGCAACACUUUAAGUCUUGUAUUUAUUUUUAGUAAAAGCGGUGACAGUUUCAUUGUGAACCCCUCUCAAAAAAUGUGUUGGAAAAGUUUGAUUACCUAGAAAGUGUGUAUAGAAACUGCAAAUAAACGUGACUGCAAUUAAA